ACUCCCCGCUUCUCCAGUCACAAACCGCCUCCCCAUGAAAACACCGGACAGACUCACAGAGGGAUUCAUGCCACAUUGCGGCGAUAACCACUACCAAUAGAAGAAGAAGAAGAAGUCCUUCAACAAUUCGACGACAAGGGGGACACAGCGCAGGGGGAAAGCUGAUGAGGUGAAGAAAGCCCCAAAAGAGAUCACUGUGGUUCACCCGCCAUCUAUCAGCCCCAACCCUGACUCACCCUGCUGCCCUCUGUCUCCCACAACGCUUCAAGAGGAGGCUGGGCUCCCUCUGGGUGCAGGAAACACCAUGUGCCAAGACAGGAGAGGACUCACCGCUGCCCCAUAGACCGGAGAACCUCUUGCGACCUUCCCUGCUAGUCUGAGGACCCUCCUUAUCCUCCACAUUGCCCACCGGCCAACAUGAAGAAGGUGGCACUGUGGUCAGCAGGGGACGUCUCUGAGUGGCUGAGCAAAGAGGGGAUGCCGGAGUACAUAGAUGUCCUACGUGAGACAGGGGGUCCCGCUCUGCUCAGGCUCUCAGAGGCAGAUUUCCAGGCGCCUCCCCUCUCACUGGUGUCAUCUGAUGGCGGGCAGCAACUGUUAGAGCGACUGGAGACGCUGCGGAUAGAGAAUCACAUCGAGGCUCAUAAAAACGGGCACGCGAAUGGGCACGCUGGUGGACUUCCAAACGGAACUGUCAAGCCCCAGAGGAAUGGCACAUUAGGGGUGAAGGACUUCAGGAUGGAGAUGGUCCACAUCCCCAUCCCGACGAUGGAGACUGCACGCUCCUCGUUCCCCCCGGAGUGGGGGAAGACGGGCAUAGCCUUCGUCUACGCUGUGGUGUGCUUUGUUACGACCACUGUGGUCAUCUCAGUGGUCCACGAGAGAGUACCACCAAAGGAGCACACUCCACCACUGCCGGAUAAGUUCUUUGACCUGUUCAACAGGGUGGAGUGGGCCUUCUCCAUCUGUGAGAUCAACGGUAUGCUGCUGGUGGCACUCUGGCUGAUACAGUGGAUGCUGCUGAAGCACAGGUCAAUUAUCGGCAGGCGGUUCUUUUUCAUUGUGGGCACACUCUAUCUGUACCGGUGUAUUACAAUGUACAUCACCACUCUGCCUGUUCCUGGGAUGCACUUCAAAUGCUCUCCAAAGCUGCUCGGGAACUGGGAGGCACAGACGAGGAGAAUAAUGAAGAUGAUUGCCGGUGGAGGUCUUUCCAUCACAGGUUCACACACCAUGUGUGGAGACUAUCUCUACAGCGGUCACACUGUCAUGUUGACACUAACGUACCUCUUCAUCAAGGAGUAUGCCCCCAGGCGGUUCUGGUGGUACCACUGGUUCUGCUGGAGCUUGAGCGCAGUGGGGAUUUUCUGCAUCCUCCUGGCCCAUGACCACUACACUGUGGAUGUGGUGGUUGCGUACUUUAUAACAACACGCCUCUUUUGGUGGUACCACACGAUGGCCAACCAGCAGUCGCUGAAGGAGACGUCGCAGAGUAACCCAUUCUCUCGGGUGUGGUGGUACAGACUGUUCCAAUACUUUGAGGAGAACGUGUCCGGCACGGUCCCUCGUAACUAUCAGCUGCCGCUGUCGUGGCGAGCGUUGCAGUGGAACCGUGGCGUGAAGUACAGCCGAUUGGACAUCCAGUGACCACUCAUCAUGUCAGCUGGCAGGCGAGGACUUUGACUUCCAUAAGUGCUGUUUUUACCGCAGUGGAGAUGGCACUGUUAAAUGUAGCGCUGUCCUUUCACCUCUGGUAACAGACACAUCCCUGUCCACAUGGGUAGCACUGUGACCCACCUAGUUUUUUUUUUCUCCAUGUAUGUACAUAUAUAAGAAUAUUAUUUUUGGUUUUUUUUUCGUCCUUUCUCUCUUCUGGUAGUUUUGUCAACACAGAGCACUAAUUUAUAUUUUUUCCGUGUCUUUUCCUCUUUAAUGGCCACAUUACAGUCUCUGCUUUUUUCAGCAGAUUGAAAGCAUUUCAGUAAACCUCUCAGUUUCAGUUUUUUCCAGGCCACAAAGGCCCCAUUUUUCUUUUUCUCUCUCUGCACAAAAACCAUACUUAAUGUCUUCAUGUUUUCCAAGAUUUUUAGUGCAAACGGUGUCAAUCAAGUACUUGAUAACCAAAAUGCCAUAAGCAUUUUUUUCAUUUUUUUUAAUAGCGAUUCCUUUUUGUAAAAUCGCCCUUGCUAAAAUGAGUCAAAGGUGCAAAAAAUAAUUUUUUUAAGUAUGUCAAACUUUAUUUUUCAAAAAACAAAUGAUGUCCAAGAAAAGAUUUUUAGAUUUUUACCUUUUUCAAGAUGGAUGACUGAGAGCAUCAGAACCUAAUGUGGUGAAACAUGAAUCCAGUGCCUUCCUUAGCUUGAUUGUAAAACAGUUCAAGUACUACGUGUCUUGUGUCUCUGUGCCAUGGCUGUGAACACGCUGUGGUACGAGGUGGUACUUAGUCAUCAGUCUUGUUCCCAUGAAUGUAAAAACAACUAAGCCAGCCUUACCAGUAAAAUUGUUUUCCCCCAAAUUAGAUGCAGUGAGUGACGUGUCCAGUUAGUUAAUUUUUGAUGCUUUAUGAUGUCAGUCUGGGUGUAGCUGGUUAAUACUGUUCUAACAGAAAAAUAAGGACUGUUAAUUGUACUUUUUAUGUCUGUACCAUUUCAUUUCUACCAAUCAAGUCGUUAACCAACACCAGCCAUGUUCAAAGCCCAAUCAUUGAAGCUAAGUCGCCCACUGUGUCUACUCCUCACCACGACAUGACCUGUAGAUUGGAUAAGAAAUCUCUGUGGCCGAGUUAAACUGGACCUUACACUCUUGUGCAUCAUGCUGCAUCUCUCACUCAGGAGAUAAUGAGCCCCCAAGCUCUUGUUCCCCACCAUUUAAACUCCUCAUUAUCCUCAUUACUGUCUUCGUCUUGUGUCUGUGUGUCAGUGAAGAGAUCUAGAGGGAAAUGUGACACUUCCUUUAAGUAAAGGGAAUGUCAAAGUUAUGAAAACAGAAGCUUUUGGUCCAAGUUUCUGAGCAUGUCUGUCAUGUAUCUGUACGUGCUUUGUUUGGCUUUUUUCUUGUACUAAAUCAAGCUGCUACCUUACAGUUUGAGGACGCCUCCUCUACAUUUCCUCCUUAAGUGCAAACACUGCAAUGAUCUUCUGUCUAGGAGUAGCAAACACUUAGCAUGGGACUUGUUAAUGGGGAACAAACUGAGGCAUGAUGCACAGAGCUGGUGAUAUAUUUGGAUACCAUUGAUUUCCAUGAAUGUGAAAAUGUAUUGUUAUUGUUUUUGGCUUUGUUUUUCUUUGUGUAUUAUGACUGAACGUUUAAAGAAUGGGUAUUGCACAAGUUCAUCUAUAGGGAAAAAUUUAACCCAAUGUGAAACUUUAAUUUCAAAAUACAGCAUAAAGAUUUAAUGAAAACUGCACUAUGCUUCAGAUGAGACAUAUUACAAAUGAAUGAUAAUAAUAAUAAUGAUCAUGUAAUUAAUUUCUUAUGUUGUCAAAAAGGAGGAGGUGAGAAAUAACAUAAUUUUGAUGUAAGCGUAUGAAUCUAAUACAUUUAAAAGCCAACAUGAGUCUUAAUGUUUAAGAUGAAGAGCAGCACAGGUUCCCCUUCCUUCCUGUAGCAUCGUCCAAUCAUUUCACCUUGACAGUUUUUAAGAGCACAGCAGGUUCCUUAAAUACAGCCAAAUGUUUGAUUUGUGAGUGUUUGAAGCAAUGGUUUCUCUAAUAAUGUACGAGGGCUUUGAUAAGAAUGAAGGUUGGAGUUAUUGUUAGUCCUCUAGUUUGCCAAUCAGUUGUUUUUGUCUGUAAGAAAUGAGACUUUGUUAUCCUGUAUGUUUCUCUUUAAACUCCUCGCCCGAUUUGUCCCUUUUUGUGCGUAUACCAGAUGUUUGUAAGAUAUGAUAAAGGAUUCUACUUGGGACGCUUUUGAAUAAAACAUUUUACUAUAAUGUAUCUGA